AUGGCUCCUACGCAAUCCGAGCGCACCCCGCUGCUCGCUGGGCAGCAGCAGCGCACCUCGUCCAUCUCGCGCCCUCGUCCCAGCUUUGGCGCCAGCAUCGGUCGUCCUGACCUCACUGCCGAAGAGGAGGAUGCCAUCGCACAAGAGUCGGCCUUCAGCGCCAUCCAGGGCGCAGCCCACGGUGUCGACCCCAACUCGUCCGCCUUUGUCCCCUUGGACCAGAGCCACUUUUCCGUCGCCGGCCUUCCCCCUACCGUCGAAGAGGAGGCCGAGCCCGAAGAGCCCGCUCUCCGCGCCGACAUCUGGGUCAUCAUGGGCGCCAUGUGGAUCGGCUCGUUCCUGGCUGCGCUCGACGGCACCAUCGUCGCUACCAUCUUGUCCGCCGUCGGCUCCGAAUUUCGCGUCAGCAAGGAGGUCGGUUGGCUGGGUACCAGCUACCUCUUGACCCAGACCGCCUUCCAGCCUCUGUACGGAAGGGCUUCUGACAUCUUUGGUCGCAAGCCUGCCACCCUCUUUGCCUCGGCCAUCUUCCUCCUUGGUUCGCUUCUCUGCGGUCUCAGCCAGACGUUCUGGCAGCUCUGCGCUGCGCGUGCCAUCGCCGGUAUCGGUGGUGGUGGAUUGACCACCAUGGCUACGCUGGUCACGAGCGACCUCGUCAGUCUCAAGGCACGAGGAACGUGGCAGGGUCUCGGUAACCUCGUCUAUGCCUCCGGGGCUGCCCUCGGCGGUCCUCUCGGUGGUGCUCUUGCCGACGGCGGCCUUGGCUGGCGAUGGGCUUUCCUCCUCCAGGUGCCCCUCUGUGUCGUCCAUUUUGUCGUCGUCUCGUGGAAGAUCGACAUCCCUGCUGGUCCUGGCAGCAUGAUCGAGAAGAUCAAGCGAAUCGAUGCUCUUGGCUCGCUCUCCCUCGUCACCUCGGUCACGCUUAUCCUCGUCGGUCUCAGCUUGGGCGGCAACGAGCGCGAGUGGUCAGACAAGCUCGUCCUCGGCUCGCUCAUCGCUGGUCUUGCUGUCCUCAUUGUCUUUGUGCUGGUCGAAAAGUACGUGGCUCGCGAGCCUCUGAUGCCCAUGGCCGUGCUCUUCACCCGCACGCCCGGCUUCGUCUCGAUCGCCUGCUGGUUCAUCACCAUGUCGCAAUUCGGCAUCAUCUUCAACGUGCCCAACUACUUUGAGAACGUCGAGCAGACCACAAAGCAGUACGCCGGUCUCCACCUCAUCCCCAACGCCAUCAUCGCCUCUACGUGCAGUCUGGGUAGCGGUCUCAUCAUGGCUCGCACUGGCCGCUACCGCAAGAUGUUGCUCGCCGGCGGCCUCGCCGGCUUUGUCGGACCUCUGAUGAUGUGCUUCUGGUACCGCGGCACAUCCGAGUUCUUCUACUGGCUCAGCAUGCCUUGGGGUGGUGCGGCUUACGGCUCGGUUCUCACCAUCACGCUGGUUGCUCUGAUCGCCUCGGUCGACCCCAAGGACAUGGCGGCUGCCACCGGUGUCACCUACCUCUUCCGUGCCACCGGUUCGGUCCUGGGUAUCUCGCUCUCGAGCGCCAUCCUGCAGAACAGCCUGCAGAAGAACCUGGAAAAGACCGACAUCCCUUCCAAGAUCAUCCAGCUCAUCCGUCAGGACGUCAGCACCAUCAAGACGCUCAGCAAGCCGCUUCGUGUCGCCGCGAUUGGCGCUUACGAGCAGUCGAUGCAUACUGUGUUCAUCGCCAUCGCCGCUGCUGGUCUUUUCGCCUUCCUGGCUUUGUUCUUCAUCGAGGAGCGUGACCUGCCUGGCAAGAAGCCCACUGCUGCCCCAGCCCGUCGAUGA